AUGGUCGAACUCAUUAGUCCUCCUGAGCCUCGUGACCUGCUCCCUCCUCUGCUCGCCUGUCUGCCCACAGCCUUCGUUUCUCCACGUCCACCACCAGCUCUGCUCCCCCUCCUCUCCCCAAUCCUUCGACAGCGCGUCAAGAUCCUGAGCGAAGUGUCCAGCUCCCCCAAUGAGUCAUGGCUCCGCCUACUAUGCUGGGACGCCAACAAAGCAGAGCGCCUGCAGACGCUCGUGGACGGCGCCAGUUUCGAACCACACCCUGUCUCCGGCGAGAUUGAACUUCCCGAUGAGAUGCCCCUGACCUAUAAGCGUAUCGACGACGAGACACUACGUGCACAAUGCUUGCUGCCCGAUUUCAACUUGGCUGUGAUCUACCUUUGGUGCCCCACAGAUGUGGAGGGUGGUGGUCGUGGCUGGCGAAUGACAGAACUUCUCCCUCACGAAGGCCCUGCCGCGGAUGAGCAUACCUGGGCCUCCUCGAUUGGUGAGGCCAAUGUCCAGGCCAAGGAGAGACUGUACUCUGAUAUGUUGGACUCCCCAAUUGAGAACCAAGGAUCCAAUGAGCAGGACCAGCAGGAGGAAGACGAUGAUGCCGAUUACUGGGCUCAGUAUGAUGCCACUCCGAACCGUACCCCGGGACCCAAGACUCCUGCCCCAGGUGCUAGCUCAUCCAAUCUCCCGCCUUCUGGUCUGUCGGAGGCAAACUAUUUCUCCCAGUACGGCGAUGUCCAGCCAGCCAUGGACAGCCACGACCCAGAAGAAGAACAGCCAGAGCUUGGCCCCACAUCUUUGACUGGGGACCUUCUCUCAAACCUUUUGCGGCGACAGAAUGGGCUGGAUAUGGACGAGGGAGCCCGCACAAAUGGUUAUGCGGUGGAUGAUAUGCCCGUUGACCGCGCUGCCAGAUCGCUCAGCCACCCCAGACCUGCAUCUGGGUCUAUCUCUUCGAGCCACUCGGAUACUGUCGCUAAGCUGGAGCUGGAAGCUGAAAGCCAGUGCAACUAUGAAGUCGGUGUGAAGCAGCACAUUGGCACCAGCAUUAAGAGUUUGUUCCGUUUGGCUCAGGCGACAGGCGUGAGCCGUGCUGAUUUCCAGUCAAUGGUCCAGACGGAAUUGGAGUUGCUGGAUCUGACUGAUCUUGAUAAAUAA